AUGGCACAGUCGUCGCCGCUGCUGUCGGCGGAGGAGAAACCGGAGCUGGGCCAUGGCGAUGUGUUCGUGAUCGCCCUCCCGGACCAUCACGACCAGGCAGACGACGGGCCGUCGCCGUCCAGGUGGACCGCUGCGUGGAGGGCGGUGAUGGUGCUCGCGGCGCUCGCGCUGGCUGGGCACUGCUACCGCUUCCACUACUACUCCCCCGAGGUGGCCGCCCGGCUCUGGGGGGGAGGCUGGAGAUGGAGCGCCGAGGGCGCUUCGUCGUCGUCCUUCCUGCUGCCGCUCUACCCCAAGAAGGCCGGCGCGGGCGCCGGCGUCAAGGCUUCCACGGCGGCGAUCCCGGAGAGGCGGUACUACACUUCGAUAAACAUCGGCAAUCCUGCGAGACCCUACUUUCUCGACGUUGACACCGGGACUGACCUCACAUGGAUCCAGUGCGACGCGCCCUGCACCAACUGCACAAAGGGGCCUCAUCCUUUGUAUAAGCCUUCGGAAGGGAACAUGGUUCACCCCAAGGACUCACUGUGCCAGGAACUGCAAGGCAACCAGAAUUACUGCGACACUUGCAAACAGUGUGAAUACGAGAUCGCAUAUGCGGAUCGAAGCUCCUCUGCCGGUGUGCUUGCAAGAGAUAGUAUGCAACUGAUCACUGCAGAUGCUGAAAGGGAAAUUGUGCCCUUUGUGUUCGGGUGUGCAUAUGAUCAGCAAGGAAAGCUUUUGGACUCAACAACAGGUACUGAUGGAGUCCUUGGCCUUAGCAAUGGGGCAAUAAGCCUUCCUACCCAGCUGGCCAACCAAGGGAUUAUUUCCAAUGUUUUUGGCCAUUGUAUCCCCGCGGAUCCCACAAGUAGUGGCUAUAUGUUCCUUGGUGACGAGUACAUUCCCAGAUGGGGAAUGACAUGGGUUCCCAUCCGGAAUGGUCCAGAGAACGUGUACAGCACAGAAGUCCAGAAAGUAAACUAUGGGGGUCAGGAGCUUAAUGUGCGACGGCAGGCAGGGAAACUGACUCAAGUGAUCUUUGAUAGCGGGAGCUCGUACACGUAUUUCCCACGUGAAAUAUACAGAAACCUGAUUGCUUCGCUUGAAGACGUCUCACCAGGAUUUGUACAUGAUGAUUCAGAUCAAACACUACCUUUCUGCAUGAAACCUAAUUUCCCAGUGAGGUCUGUAGAUGAUGUGAAGGAACUGUUCAAGCCCUUGGAACUGCAAUUCCGGAAAAGAUGGUUCGUGAUCCCAAGAACAUUCACAAUUUCUCCUGAAAACUACUUGAUCAUCAGUGAGAAAGGCAAUGUCUGCCUAGGGGUGCUUGAUGGAACAGAGAUUGGCCACAGAUCAACAAUAAUAAUUGGAGACGCCUCUCUCCGUGGGAAGUUGGUUGUGUAUGACAAUGACGAGAAUCAGAUGGGAUGGGUUCAGUCGGACUGCACCAGGCCACAGAAAGAAAGCAGAGUUCCUUCCUUCCUUUCAAGAGCAUUGCACAGUCAACUUCUUUAAAUGUCACAGACAGAU